CAUACAGUACCAAAUUUUUCACACCGAAUGUUUAAAGUGGUCGCCAGUACAACCUAAGGGUUUCCGCGCUGUUUUUAGUUGUUGCUGCAUCUUUUAUGUCCCCGAGUGUAUUCUCAUCUGUCAAUCAAAGAGAGUUCUUUCGCUUCACGGAAGAAAACCAAAAAAGAUUGCCUAUUAUUGGCGUGGAGAAUUUUGAAUGUCGAAGAAACCAAGCAUACCAUCUUCAUUCAGUUUUAGCUCCGAAUUCCCCACCGUUUGCUUGUGACUUUUCUCCAACUCUCACUGAUCUCAUUUUAAUCGCUCAAGAGGAUGGCUUAGUCCACUUGUAUGACACUUCUGUUACUGGUACUCAAGCUUUUCUCAAACAUUAUGAAGCACAUAAUAACGCAGUAUUUGACGUUAAGUGGCUUUCAUCUGGAUCAAGCUUCCUGACAGCCUCCGGAGAUCAGUCUAUUAGAUUAAUCGACGCUGAAACAGGUGUCAUAAUACAGCAAUUCUUUGGACAUACCAUGUCAGUACGCAGUCUUUCAUUUAUGCCCAGUGACUGUCAUAUUUUUGCAUCUACUUCACGCGAUGGUAGUAUACGUAUGUGGGAUGCUCGGGUUAAACCGGACGCAGUAAAUUUUCGAGGCUCACCAGGAAUAUCAAGCGUUGGAGUUUUACCACAAUGUCAUGUACCGUUUUUGCCUAAUUCUUCUAAUACAGACGGAAGAAGAACACGCACUCCAAAGCGUUCAGCGACUGAUGCUCAAAGUGUCACUUCCGUCUUGUUUGUGGAUGAUAAUACCUUUUUAUCUGCAGGAUCUUCGGAUGGGUCUAUCAAAAUGUGGGAUUUAAGACGAGUGUUUUGUGUUGGAAGUAAAAAGCAAGCAAAACCAAAAUUUAUUUUCCCUUAUUCAGGUACUUCACAAAAACAAAGUGGCUAUUCGGAUUUGGCAGUCAAUUCGUAUAGAACACGUCUAUUUGCCAAUUGCCUAGAUAAUGUUGUAUAUGAAUAUGACCUGACACAGUCAACUACACAACCAGUUUUCGUUUAUACUGGUCAUGUAACAGAUUCUUUCUACGUGAAACUAGAUAUCAGUCCAGAUGAUUCCUACAUAAUUUGUGGUAGUUCAGAUCGUCGGGCGCAUAUUUAUGCUGUUGGUAAACGUCGACAACAACCAAUAGUUCUUUCCGGUCAUAAUGGUGAAGUUAGUGUUCCACGUUGGUGUAAAGGUGAUCCUACUAGGAUUGUUACUUUGUCAGAUGAAUCUCAAGCAUUUGUUUGGAAUAUGUUUCCCGCUCGACGUUAUACUUUACCGGAUCCGGGGGAAUUAGCAGGUCUCGCUGAACUUAUUUCACCGUCAAAAUCACUCAUGAACACAAGUCAACUAGAGAAAUAUAUUUUAUCUUCAACUACAUCACAGUCGAAUAAUGUAAAUAAUAAAUUGGGUAAUCUUUCUCUACCCAAUUUCAAUUCUCGAUCACCCAUGACUUCAGCCCGUCGACGACAAUCAAAUAUCCGACAUUUCCUUGAGACUGUUUCUCCAGUUAACUCAUCUAGUUCGACAUCAACUACUAAUAAAUCUUUAGUCGCCUUAUCUUCAUUGUCAAACAGUAUGAGUACAAAUGGUAUAGUUCUAAAUUCAAAUCUACAAACAAAAAGGUUGUCAAGUUUAGCAACGCUUACCGAAACUUUAGGUGGGGUUGUACAACGAUUUCCAGGAUUAUCAACAGGAUUUCAAAAUAUCCAUUCUGCACCGAGUACGCCCCCUUUAGGCUGUUAUUCUUUGAACUCUGCCAAUCGUAGUCCAUUCAUUAAUACUCCAACAAAAAUUGAAUCUCCUAUAACACCAGAACAGUAUCUUAUUCAUCCAUUCGAUAUGGAAGAUUCUGAAAAUAUUAAUCCAGACGAUUUGUUACAUUCGAUUUCAUCGCAAGGUCUUCCUUUGGAUUGUGUUGAUGGACGAGUGUUAAAUCAGUCUCCAAUUAUUCGUUGUUCUGUAGACAGACUUGCGUAUAAUCCAAAUUCCCCGACUACACCAUCAAAAAGAUUUCCAUUAUCCCUAAAUCAAUCAAUUUUCAAUACUCCAACGUCACAACCGUCAGUUGAUGAAUUAUCUGUAAUGGAAUCAAGAAAACGUAGAAGGACAGAUAUAUUUGAUGUUUCUCCUGGUUCAAGUCCAACUCUUGUCAAUUCUAGUAGAAUUGAUUUACCUAAUAGUGUAAAUCGUGUCACAGAAAAAAGACGUCGGCUAACUGCAUUUCCAUCAACUUCACAAUCGGUUGCUUCUCCCAAAAAUUCUCCUAUUGUUUCAGCGGCUGUAAGUAUUUCAAAACAUCUUUUUUGUUCCCAACAAUCCUUUAGAACCUCCUUUUUAGACCAACGUCAACAUACUGACUCCUCUAUUCACUUAUGUCAACUCAAUCUACCAAAAAAAACUAUACAAUAACCUUAUUUAUCCAUGCUAUUUAGUAUACAUUUAUUUAUUUUUUUCGACCACAACGAGUUUCCCUACUAUAUGGUAUCAAAAAUCACCCUUAUGAAGCUAAAUGAUGAAUUUGAGAAAAGAUGGAAGAAAACACGAUCUUGUAGUGAGUAAUGUUGCAAACAAUAAUAGUAUUUAUCGUAAUACAUAGUUCAAUGUUAAAAUAACCAGGACAGAUGCUGUUCUGUUAACGAGUGCAUUUUAUUUUCAUGCCACUCUUGGAGAAGUAAUUUGCAUUUUGUGGACUUUAAGAAGCAUCAAGGGUAAAUCAUCUGAAAGUGGCGAUUUGUGUGUUUUGGCAGUUGAAUUCCAUUGUCAAACCUGUACUUCAUCUGUUAGAUCAGUAGUUGCCAACUAAACAUCACUGACUUCUCAACUUUCCUUGAUGAACCUUCCGUGUUCACCGACCUGAAUGUCCACUUUUCUAUUUAACUGGAGUCACUUUCUUCAUGUGAACAUAAUUUUCGGGCUUUGUUUAGGAGAGUCUAUAAGCACAUAAUCGUUGACUACAAUACAGCAGAGUAGUAAAAUCUAAGUUUCAACUGUACUAUGGCAUUUAGGAGACGUUUUUACCUAGAUUUUAUGUAUCAUAAAUAUACAAAAUAAAAUAAAUUAUUUUAGUUUUCCUAUAAAUGUAUUGUUUUCAAAUUUAUUAUUAUUACUUUUUGGGAACAGAAUUCUCGGCGUCGACGAAUGACAGCAAUGUGUUCUUCCGUACAUAAUCCGAUCACAAAGUAUUUCAAGAAAAAUGACUGACGUUUUUAACAGAUGCUACUUUUUUUGUAAUCUAAUUUUGACUUGUAGAUAUUCAUUUCUUGCAUUAUCCUUUACAUUUUUUGUAUGAAAGCCAGUUUUUAAAUUUUUAUCCUUAUGUAUUUCCCUUUUUUUAUAACAAACCAGACUCUGACUUAUACACGUUUACGUGUACAUGUCACUAUACAGUGAUAUUUUGAUAUGUGUAGAACUUUGCAACUGUGUUUCUUCAUUUUUUUUAGAACGACGUUUUAUACCUCACCACGUACAAAUCUAUUUUUUAAAUUUUAUACAAUACUGUUUUGUAAAAUUUAACCUUUUUGCUUGAUAUUAAACUGUAUGUAAUUGAGAAAAUAACUUGACUUCAUAUUCCUUUCAUUAAACCUGAUAUAUUGAGACCUCUUUGUAUUUUUAUAAAAUGUGUCAUUGUCUGUCGGUUUUCUUUGUUAACUGGUGUAUAUUAGUUUUACCUUGCAGUUGUUUUCAAUGGAAGUACUAUAUUUUGAAUUCAAACCAAUUUAGUUAGUCUUUACUGCUUUUUAAAGUGUAUCUUUAUUGGGGUUAGACGAGUCAUAAUAAUCGCUCAACUGCAAUUCGAUGGAUGUCUUCCGAUUAAGUACCUUCUAGUGGUAUAUCUACUGAUUGUAUGCUGCCUCUUCCCCACACACGCUAUGGUUUCAUAAUUGUUAGAAAACCUUCACAAUUAUUUUACAAAAUAAAGUUCGCUCAAAAAUUG